AUGGCUCUAUCCAGCUCCUUGACUGCGUUGCUGGUCGCGGCAGUCAUCCUUCUUGUCAAGAAUGUCGUGGCUCGUUACCGAUUCAACUCCAAGUUCAAGCUACCACCAGAGAUCCCGGGGUGGCCCAUCAUCGGAAAUACGCUAGAUGUGCCAUUUCCAGGAGGAGUGUGGGGUCAUGAAAUGGCCAAGAGGCAUGGAGAGAUGUUCACGUGUCGUCUUGGCGGCAAGGUCAUGGUCUUUCUCAAUUCGGCCCGCGUCGUGUCAGACCUCCUUGAAAAAAGAGCUACCAUUUACUCGUCGCGUCCCUACAGACCCAUGGCACAGGAUAUCGCCUCUGGGGGCGCUCGCAUGCUACUCAUGGGACAUACUAAUAGAUGGCGAACCCAGCGUAAGAUCAUGCAUGCCAUUCUGAACGGCCAACAAGCCGAGUCAAAGUUCAUUCCAUUUGAGGAGCUAGAGGUCCGACAGCUGGUGUGGGACUAUCUUCACACCCCAGACCAAUUCUAUACGGCAAACCAGCGUUUCUCCAACUCAGUCAUCAUGAGCGUCAUCUUCGGACGGCGAGCCCAAUUAGGUGACGAGCAACUCCGCAAGAUGCUCAAACUUAUGGCAGAAUUUGGCGAACUUCUGUUUAGCCCUACUAAGAAUAUUUGCGACCUAUUCACCUGGCUAAAUUAUCUACCCAAGCCCUUGCAAUGGUGGCGCCCUUAUGGAGAAGAUUUACUGCAGCGUACACUGGCUAUCUAUCAGCAUGAGGUGGACGCUCUUGCGGACAGAGUUAGCAAGGGCACUGCCAAACCAUGCUUUGCCACGGCCCUUCUUGAAGGAACCUCAAAAAAGGAGUUUGAUCUCACUGAGACGGAAAAGUUGAUGAUAUUUAGCACGCUGCUCGAAGCCGGAAGCGACACUUCUCGCACAGCAAUCACGCAAAUGGUAGCUGGAGCAGCGGCGUUCCCCGAGUGGGCAGCCACCGCCAGGGCUCAUCUGGAUGAAGUGUGCGGUUACAAUGCAGAGCGACUUCCCUCCUUUGCAGACCGGGAAAACCUUCCUUAUAUCACGGCAGUUGUCAAGGAGACGCUUCGAUGGCGCCCCUUUAUCCAAACUGGUGUUCCGCACCAAUUGACGCAAGAUGAUGCCUACGAGGGCUAUCGGUUCCCAGCAGGAACCCUGUUUACUUGGAACGCUUACGCCCUCUCGUUGAACGAGACCGAUUACAAAGAUGCCAUGAGGUUCAUGCCUGAACGAUUCUUGGACAAAGAUCUCAAAAGUCCACUCAAGGGGCAUUGGUCAUUUGGUACAGGCCGUCGAGUGUGUGUCGGUUACAACGUCGGUGCCAACAACGUCUGGAUUGCAGCUGCCUGUCUGCUGUAUUGCUUCGAUAUUGAGGAGGACUCAGACCAUCCUAUCGAUACUUUAAACUCCAACUGGGAUUCAGUUGACAAGCCUCCCUUUGCGGUCAAGAUCACACCACGUAGCCAAGCCCAUGCUGAGCUCAUUAAAAAGGUUGGGAUGGGGGCGAUUAACGCAGACUAG